ACCUCCUUUGCGCGGUGACGUUGGGCCUCUUCCUCCCCCUGGUGGCUUCCCGCUCCCUCCUCCCUGCAUCCACCGCUGCCGCUUCCCAGAGACUGUGACCCAUCGCCGCCGCCGCUCCCGCAGCCUUUCCGUGCCAUUUCCUCCUCUCCGCCGCGGCGGCGAUGUGACUCCCCUCUCCAGGCUCGGCCCGCCCCAGCUGAGCGGUGAACAUGGCGGAGCCGUCAGUUGAAUCAGCAAGCCCAGGAGGGUCUGCAACAUCAGAUGACCAUGACUUUGACCCAACAGCAGACAUGCUGGUACAUGAUUUUGAUGAUGAACGAACAUUAGAAGAGGAAGAAAUGAUGGAAGGUGAAACAAACUUCAGUUCUGAAAUAGAAGAUCUUACAAGGGAAGGUGAUAUGCCAAUUCAUGAGCUUCUUAGCCUUUAUGGUUAUGAUGGUUCUGUACCACUACCAGAAGAGGAAGAAGAGGAGGAGGAGGAGGAGGGUGAGGGUGAAGAUAAUGAUAACAACAGUGGGUGCAGUGGAGAAAAUAAAGAGGAAACUAUAAAGGAUUCAUCAGGUCAAGAGGAUGAGACACAGUCCUCCAAUGGUGAUCCAGUUCCAUCUGUUGUACCAGAAAUAAUUCGACCACGGCGUUGUAAAUACUUUGAUACAAAUAGUGAAAUAGAAGAGGAAUCUGAAGAAGACGAAGACUAUAUUCCUUCAGAAGACUGGAAAAAAGAAAUUAUGGUGGGUUCCAUGUAUCAAGCUGAAAUUCCAGUUGGUAUAUCUAAAUAUAAAGAGAAUGAGAAAGUGUAUGAAAAUGAUGAUCAAUUGCUAUGGAAUCCAGAUUACUUGACUGAAGACAAAGUGAUCGAAUUCCUUAAUGAAGCCUCUAGACGAACAGGUGAUGAGAGAGGAAUUGAUGCAAUUCCUGAAGGAUCUCAUAUUAAAGAUAAUGAACAGGCUUUGUAUGAAUUGGUGAAGUGUAAUUUUGAUACAGAUGAGGCAUUAAGAAGAUUGAGAUUUAAUGUAAAAGCAGCCCGAGAGGAGCUGUCUGUCUGGACAGAAGAAGAAUGUAGAAAUUUUGAACAAGGUUUGAAGGCUUAUGGAAAAGAUUUUCACUUAAUCCAAGCAAACAAGGUACGAACAAGAUCUGUUGGAGAGUGUGUAGCAUUUUACUAUAUGUGGAAAAAGUCAGAACGUUAUGACUUCUUCGCUCAGCAGACACGAUUUGGUAAAAAGAAGUACAAUCUGCAUCCUGGUGUAACGGACUACAUGGAUCGUCUUUUAGAUGAAAGUGAAAGUGCUGCAUCCAGCAGAGCUCCUAGCCCUCCUCCUACAACUUCCAAUAGCAGCACCAGCCAUUCAGAAAGAGAGGAUAGCACAACCAGCAAUAGUAAUCAAAAUGGUGUAUCUACUAAUGGGCCUAGUGAAUUAUCAAAUAAAGAUGACAUGAAAAUUGAAGGACUGCACAUAAAUGGACCAACAAGUGGCAAAAAAAUGCAUCUUGUAGAUUUUGAUACAAAUGGUUAUGAACCUGAAAACCUUUCCAAUCAUUCUAAACUUCCUCAUUCAAAUACAAGGAAUGAUCUUGAAGACAGAAAUGAAAGGCCUGUGAAAAGGAGAAGAAUCAACAGCAGUGACAAAGAGUGCACAGUUUCCUCUGAAAUUUUCCCAGAAGCAGUAGCUCAUGGAAAUUUUGAAGAACAGGACACUGUGGGUGACUGAACAUGUUAACAUGUUUCUUUCAAAUAGUUUUGUGGGAUAUCUGCAUUUUCAGGGUUAACAGGUUCUUUUUACAGAUUCAAAUCCCAUAAUAUAGUUUAUGGAGAUUUUGAAAUGUAUUUUAGUUGCUUCCUAGUCCUAGGUAAGGGUAUAGUAUACCUUUUAAAAUCCUGAAAUGCAGAUGCAGUGGGUGGGAGAAUUUUCUGUCAGAGAGCCAGUUGCUAUAGGAGUGGUUGAGAGGUUUGUUUGUUCGUUUUUUAAGGCAGAUUUCUGCAGAUUACUUCAGGGCACUAACCUGUUAUGUAAAAUAUACUUUGAAAAAUAGUCAGCUUAAAAUUCCUAAGCAGAAUUGAUAAAACAGAAGUGAAGAAAGAAGCAAUAUUAAACAGUUUAAAGAAUGCCUGUAAAUCCUGAAAGUUGCAUGAGAAUUCAUUCAUGUGUGUGUGUGUAUAUGUGUGUGUUUCUCUCUCUCUCUCUCUCUCUCUCUCUCUGUGUACAUAUAUAUAUAUAUAUAUAUAUAUGAAUGAAUUAUAUUUUUAAAAUAAACCAAGAGGUUUGUAUGUAAAAUUGUUGACAUCAGUGAUGUCUUUCCAUAUUCUUAUCUGGAAAUAAGAAAUACUUUCUGUAUUUUUCCAGAUUUUGUAGCCUUUGAAAGAUUUUUACAAUACUAAAAAGAAGUGUGUAAUUUUCAUAAUUUGUACAGUAUGGUAAAGUUUGAUCUUCUGAGAGUUGAUCUUCUGAGGAAUUGUCAGCUUCACUUUAUUUUGCUAAAGCUUUUUUUAUUAAUAAAAGUCAAGUUUUAGAAACCAGUAGAAAUUUUAAAUAUUUAAAAUGCAUACCCAAUUAUGAAUAUCAGAAUUUUCAAACUUAUAUCUUGGGACAAAUGGUGACUUAAAAUUUUUAGAUUAGCAUGAUGCUUUGAUUGCACAGAUGUUCUUGCUUUUAUAAUUGUUUUUCAGAUUUCUUUUUAUGAGAUAGAAUCUUAAAAAUCAGCUAAAGGCUUUAAUGUUGCUAACUCUUGUUAGUCAAGGUCAUCCAUUACAUUAUUUAUCAGUUUAUCUGUACAUUUCAGUGAGCACAGUAGAAUUAGGAAGCGAGUCAAUUAAAUCUGGCUACCUUGAGGAGGAACUAAUGCACAGCCUGUAUGCUAUGGGGCCUUAUGCUGUAUCCAACAAAUCCAUGGAUUCACUGCUUCUGAGGAAGUAGAAAAGUGGGGAUAGUAGUUAUUAGGGCAUGUAUGUGUAUCAAUAUGCACACAUAUGAGGUACUGUAAGGAUUGUUAACCUGUUUUUUAUAUUAGAAACCCUUUUCAGUCUGGGGAUAGUUUCAGGAGCGACAGUUCGCAUACAUAAAAGGAUUUGGAUUAUGGCCAUAAUGAAGGUUUACAGAAUCAAGCACUCAGUGACAUAUACAGUCUUUCUUUUUGUUGCCACAUUGACUAUAUAAAAUAAAGUUAACAAUGUCUUGGAGCUUACUUGAAAUGUUACAACUAUAGCUUCACAUUAUCUGAUCAUUUAAUGAUUUGGCGAAAUGCACAGUGUUUGAUUUUAAUCAUGAACUCCAGUAGACUUUUAGAUAGUCCUAACAUAAUUCUGUCGUAGGUAUUCCUGAAGUUACCUACUUUUAGCCUUCUGCUUUCCCAUGAGACAUUUUGAUGAAUUCCAUGAUUUAAUAUGACAGGACUAGUAUUUAUUGUCUGCUGCUCACAAGCAGUAUACUGUAUCUCAAUACAUGUAUAGAUGAAAUAUUUAAUCUUUUAAACUUUACUGCGUUAGGAAAAGUGCCAUGGCUGACCAAACCCAGUUUUGUUAAUAUGAAAAUCCAAAGUUUUCUAGCCUCGUAUCAAAGAUUAUGUUUUAAAAGGUAUAUCAAAGCAAGGCAGUGCAAUGCUUUUAGAAAUCUUACUGCAACUUUGAAGGCCUAUUUUCUGUUCCUUGUCUGUAUUUUUGCAGGUUGGAAAUGCUUGCAAGACUGUUCAUAGGAAAGUUUAUAAAUAUAUUGUUCUCAGGCUUGUAAGUAAAAUAUAGCACUGUGUACAUUUUUCAGAAAUUUUACUUUGGUCUUUAAUCUUACCUUUAAUGGUAUGCCUAAGAAAAUCCUGACAUUCCAUACUCACUAUGUAAUGCUCAGCUGUUUUUAAGUAUUUAAUUGUAAUGUGCAUCUCAUUUAUGCAGGUGUUUAUACAAUAUUUUAUUCAUGUUCUUUAAAAUCCAGCCACUAUAACUUGAUGAAGACAUUGCACUAGUAGUACUAUUUAAAAAUCUUGUAAUUUAGUAACCAGUUCAAACAGCUUUUAGUACAGUUUGGAAAAGAUGAAACCCAUUGCUUCCAAAUUGGAUUGAAAAGUCAGUACAGCUUGUGUAUAGUGAUUGUAAUGUAUAUUUUAAGCACUAUUGUGUCCUGAUCCAUAAAGUGCAUUGUGUGCAGUCUGAAUCAAACCUUCAGUUCAACAGGCCUGACUGUUGGCUUUAUAAAGGGUUUAAAGUGAUAUUUUGAAAGAAAUCAAAACAAAAAUUGCAAAGUAGUUUUUAUAAAUUUUUCACAUAGUAAUUUUGCACUGUUGGUAAUACCUGUGUCUCUUACCUAGCUCCCUGUCUGCAAUUCUGGAAAAGCUUAUUAAAGUAUUUUUUUAAACAUA